AGUCCCCGAGAGGGAGCGGCGUGGCGGAGAGGCGCCGCGGGGGCCGGCCGACCCCGGUAGUUCGGCCCGGCCACCCGGGUCUCUCCCCUCUGCCCGGGACAGCGGCCGACCGGACGCCCGCGGGCAGGGGCUGCAUGGGGCUCCCGCGCGGGCCGCUCUUCUGGCUGCUGCUCCUGCUCACCGCUGCCUGCUCGGGGAUCUUCGUCGCCCUGUACUCCUCGGCGGUGGAGUCGUACUCGGAGCACAGGUCCGGAGCCAGGAACAGCACAUCAUCUCGAGCUUUCUUGGGACUCAAGGCAUCGAAUUUCUGGACGAGCAAGAGCACAUCCUGCCAACACCCACUUUAUCCCGCCAUUCAGCGGCACCCCCACUUCAGGGCCCUGUUCGAUCUCUCCACUCCAGUGCUGCUGUCCGGGGGCCUCUUUAACCAGGAGCUCUGGGACCGCCUGGGCCAGCACAAAGCCCCCUAUGGCUGGCAGGGGCUCUCCCGCCAAGCCAUCACCUCCACCCUGGGCCUCCUGAACGGCUCUGAGAGCACCAGGCUGUUCGCCGUCUCCAGGCAGCGGCUUCCGCGCUGCAUCCGGUGUGCCGUGGUGGGGAACGGGGGCAUUCUGAAUGGCUCCCGCCAGGGUCAGAACAUCGAUGCCCACGACUACGUGUUCAGACUCAAUGGUGCUGUGACCAGAGGCUUCGAGGACGACGUGGGCACCAAGAUCUCCUUCUACGGCUUCACCGUGAACACGAUGAAGAACUCCCUCCUCGCCUACGCCCACCUGGGCUUCACCUCCGUGCCGCAGGGACAGGACCUGCGCUAUAUCUUCAUCCCCUCAGACAUCCGAGACUACGUGAUGCUGAGAUCGGCCAUUCUGGGCGUGCCUGUCCCCGAGGGCCAUGAUAAAGGGGACAGGCCGCAGACCUACUUUGGGCCAGAAGCCUCCGCCAGCAAAUUCAAGCUACUCCAUCCAGACUUCAUCAGCUACCUGAGAGAGAGGUUUCUGAAGUCCAAGUUGAUCAAUACAAAAUUUGGAGACCUAUAUAUGCCUAGUACUGGGGCCCUCAUGCUGCUGACAGCUCUGCAUACCUGUGACCAGGUUAGUGCCUAUGGCUUCAUCACAAGCAACUACUGGAAGUUUUCUGACCACUAUUUCGAGCGAAUAAAGAAGCCGCUGAUAUUCUAUGUGAACCACGACCUGUCCCUGGAAGCCACCCUGUGGAAGGACCUGCAUGAGGCCGGCAUCCUCUGGCUGUACCAGCGCUGACCCGAGACCUUUGCUCCUGCAGAGCUGUGGCCCCUGGCCCCUCAAGUGGCCACAACGGCCUGCUUGUCCUCCUCAGCCUGAAGGGCUCCAACCAUCUUCAACGUCCUCCUCCCCUGAGGACAGAGUGGCCCUGUAACUGUCACUGAAACCUGUCUCGGGACAUCCCACCUGGUCCCUGGCCCAAGACUCCCCUCUGGUCUGGGAGAGACAGCCCAACCUGGUCAAGGAACAAUGGGCUGCUCUGCCGGAAGACACCACUCAAGAUGAGACCGUGGCCCUCGUGGGCAUGAGGCACAGGCAGAGGCACUCCAGAGCUAAGCACUUCCAAGGCAGCACUGGCCGAGUGACAGCAGGAAUCAGGGUCUCUGAGAACAGAUGAAGCAGAAGCACAUGCACACUCCCAGCCCUAGUCCUCCCACCAGCACAUCCAGCCUCACAAACUCAAGGACAUGUCUUAACAGCCUGAGAACAGGACCGCCUUACUUCUGCCCUGUGAUAAAGUGGGAGCACAAGAGGCAGAAUGUGAUCUGCAACUAGGUAAUUGCAUAAAUGGAUGACCACUGUC